AUGGCCAAAAGAUGGGCACACCACCCCAGCUCGGAGCGCACCUUGGAUGCAUCCCUUGCUUGGUUUCUGGCCCGUUUCUCUCACUGCUGGCCUCGCUUUACUUCGUAUCACUGUGUCCUCCCCUCAUUGCCAUGUCAUAUUGGCAUGGAGCAGGGCCAAGCAUCGACACAGCAAGGAAGUGGAAAGGGGGCCCACGAGAGGGCCAUCGUUGCAAACCGAAAAGAGCAGAAGAGGCAACCACCUGGCCGCAAAGACGGUCGGGGAACUCGACAGCUGCACUGA